GAGUCCAAGAGAGCGUGUUCUAUGGGGGUUCGGCUGAUAUUUUCUUUUUCAGGGGAUGAACAAUCAGUAUGUCCGCCGGGAGGUCUUCUGCCGGAACACCUGCCACGAGCUCAAACGCUUCUGGGAAAGAGAAAUUGGCAAACAGACUUAUUACCGAGAAUCAGAAGAGCAUCGCCUGGGAAGAAGUGCACUGGGAAAGCUCAGAGAAGAAUGGAAGCAGAAACUGGAAACAAAGCUGAGACUACGGAACAAUUCAGAUGAGACAGAAAAGCAGGCCAAUGUUGGCCAAGAGCUUCACUGACACAAGAGGAUACAAAGCACUGAGGUCACUCUGCCAGGACAAGCCAGUGCAAAUCUCUGAGUCCCUUUGCUACACCAUACAGAUCCCAUACUAUUGUUUCCCCUACCUGUAAAUCCUGUGGGGAUUUACCUGUGAAUCCUUCCCCACUGCUGAGUGGGAAUUAUUAGCCAAGGCAGUCCUCUCUGCAUGGGGACCAGAAUAUUAUCCCCAAUGUGUCUAAAGACGAGAUUAUCUAACAGCAAAGCUCCAGGCAGCAUACUUUAUUUCCAUAUAAUUAUCUUCUAAUUAUGAAAUCCCAGUAUUUGAAAUUCUAAGCACAUGAGGGGGGAUGAUUUUCACGGUCAUACUUUAAACAUCACACAUUAGUUUUGCUCCACAUUUCUCCCAGGAAACAGCACCAUGUAAUCCUUUCUCUUGUUUUCUUUUUAUGAGAAGAGAAAUGAACCUAUCGGCAGAAAUAAAAAUAUUGUAAGUAGUCAUUAAAAUAAGGUUUGCAAAUUAACUGAUCUAAUAUU